AUGGCGGCCGAAGUUGGAAUGCGAGCGCGCUCCGUGGUGAGGACUGUCGUCCGGUGGAUGGCGCUGCUGCUGCUGCUGCAGUGCCUGGGCAGCCACCCCUCCUUCACCGUGGCGGGAAACGAGGGACACGUGGUCGUUAAAAUCAAGAAAUAUUUCAGCUUUCCCUAUUCGGAGCUUCGUCAUAACUAUUUCGGUUUGGCGAAUUACGGCUCGUCUUCGAGUGGCUGCGAAUUAAAUGGAGGCCUCCUUACUGCGGAUCAAACACCUGCUGCACAUGACUCCAUCACGAAUCACUUGAGGAAGGUGGGAGACGCUGCCAAGAGGCAGGUAUUCACGUACAUGGGCGGUGACGCCUACUACAGCUACUAUUGGGAGAAGGACUCUGACAAGGUGUGUGAUGUAGAUAAUAAAUACAAUUUGUUGAACUGCAUUUUUGAGUGGAAUCAGGGCGAGUUUGUGGACACGAAGGUGAAACACCGUGGUGUUCCGUUUUUCAGAGGUGCAAGGAACUCCCUCGAUGGCGUAGGCCCACUGAACGGGUACACGUCUUACUGGCGCGAAGGUUACCCUGCACACGGUCAAAUUUACUUAAUAUCUCGCCUGGAUCUGACGAAGGAAGGGUCCAAUGCAACGUGGUACGAUGGGGCAGUGCAUGCUGACGAUAACCCUGAUACGCCUAAUGAGGCAUUUGGCGUUGUAUGUGAGGUGCAAGACAGAAUCAUUACGACAACGACGACGACGACAUUGCCGCCGAAGGAGGUGGUGCCGUGGGUGCAGGAUAACUGGUACAUCAUUCUUAUUCUCGUAUUGCUGCCGCUUCUCGCUCUGAUUGCACUAAUUGUCAUCAUAUGUUGCUGUUGCUGUCGUCGUACCGGUGAUAAAUCCACGGGGACGGUGCCCAUGGAAUUACAGGAGGUGAGCGGCAAUGCGGUGUAUGGGACCCAACAGGGG